AUGCCUAAUGAUAUCGCAAUCAAUGAGCAGAUGAAGAGAUUUGUUUCACAUCCCGUUCUCGUUAUCAUAGAAGCAGAGCCGAAGGACAUCGGACUUCCUACAGAAGCGUACAUAGAAGUGCAAGAAGUUCAUGACGACGGCACUCCUCCUAUCAAGACAUUUGAACAUGUUGCGAGUGAGAUAGGUGCAGAAGAGGCAGAAGAAGUAGGAGUAGAGCAUUUGUUGAGGGAUAUCAAAGACCAAACAGCUGGCACAUUGUCUCAAAGAAUCACGGAUCAAUUAAUGGGGCUUCGUGGACUUCAUUCGCAGUUGGUUGAUAUUGAGAAAUAUCUUCAAGAUGUUGCGGCUCAUCGUCUGCCAAUCAAUCAUCCUGUGAUUUAUCAUAUUCAAGAGGUACUUAACCUUUUGCCAGACGUAACACAUCCAGACUAUGUGACCGCUCAAAAUGUUCAAACAAAUGAUCAACUAAUGUGCGUUUAUAUGGGGUCACUUGUGCGGUCUGUAAUCGCCCUUCAUAAUUUGAUUGAUAACAAGUUGGCACUGCAAAAGGCUGAAAUUGAACAAGAAGAUAAUGCAGACAAAAAGAAAGAGGAAAAGAAAAAAGAUGAGAAGAAGGAAAAUAAGGACCCGAAAAAGGAAGAAACGAAGAAGAAUCCCCCUAAAAAGGAGAAGGGGACUACAACGAAGGCUAAGAGACCCUAA